AUGAUGCUGCAGAGAAGUGAAAUGGACAAAAGCAGCUCCGUGUCAGACUGGGAAGAGUGUCCUAGUGUCCGGAGUCAGCAACACAACAACACAACAAGAAGCCCUUAUUCUUGUCUUGAUCCCAUGGUCACAGUUGAGAGCCCGUUAGCAUUUGGUAGAAUGGGUGUGCUGGAAGAGGGACUGUCCUCCAAUGGUGUGCCCCGAUCUACAGCCCCUGGUGGAAUAUCCAACCCAGAGAAGAAGAUGAACUGUGGAACCCAGUGCCCAAAUCCUCAGAGCCUCAGCUCAGGUCCUCUGACCCAGAAACAGAAUGGCCUUCGGACCAUGGAGGCUCAAAGAGAAGCUAAGAGAAUGCCCGCAAAAGAAGUCACCAUAAAUGUUACAGACAGCAUCCGGCAGAUGGACAGAAGUCAAAGAAUUACAAAGAACUGUGUCAACUAGCACAGUGUCAGGACAGAAGGACAGAAGGACUCCUUUGGUGCCCUUCAUGGCACUGGAUCCCGUCAAGGAACCUUGAAGAUGUGGCUGCCCCUUCAAGAGACUGUUUUACCCAGGAGCAAACAGCUGCCUGAGGCAUUGGGACCUUCUGAGCCUCCUUCUUGUCACUUAAAUGUAUCAGCACACUGCUUGCAUAUGUUAAUACGCUGCACAUGUGCAGUUCAGUUUGCCCCAUUGCCACUCCUAUAAUUGGGUCUGGUGUGAAAGUGGUGAGCUAAACUACAGGUCAGUGUAUAAAUGGAGAAAAGUAGGAGGAGGGGGUGGAAGAUUCACACCCCAGUGCUAAGCUCACCUGGCCACUGGAGUGUGUUCUGUCUUCAGCGAGCCUAUUCUUUCCUUCUUUUUAAAUACUACCAUCACAGACCUUACCAUGUGCACUUAAAUGCUGGCUUCCCACCCAACUCUAAACCCAGAUAUUUGAGAAAUCAAGAAACAGGAAGAUUCCUGUCUUGGUAUGACAGAAGUCCUCCUGUGCGGGUGUCCAUGUUGGCCUUCAGCGCAUAAUGUCACCCUCCUUGCAGCCAAUGCAUCACACACAAGACACCCUUCAGGG